CUAUGGGUGCCUCGAGUCGAGAGGCCUGAGGCGAGUUAUGGCGACUAGCAGAAAAAGUGGCAGAUCUGGGAACAGCUGCUGCUGCUGCUGCUCAGUUAGGAUUUUACCCUGAAUCCUGCUGAUUCUGUCCUGCUUCGGAAACGCGACCAGCAUAGCUCAUACAACUGGGCCUCUCGGUUUGUGACUUCGCACAUCUAGAAAGUCGAGAGGAAAACCGUUUUUUGUUUCCGACCGUAGGCCUAGUAAAAGCACCCUACGAACGGCAGACUCGGUCGCGCAAGCUGUAAUGUACAGUACACGCAAGCAUCCAAAAAGCUCGGGUGAUUUUUAUGUCAGAUAAUUUGAGCCUCAGGCCACCAGCAGCACCCUGGGUUCAGGAAUCAGGAAUCAGAUGCGGGACGAGAACACCGCUCGCCUGUCUGCAACUGCUUUAUCACAUCUACGGUAGUAGGAGCCUCCCUAUUUCCCGAGACAUUGGAUAACUCUCGCGUCAGAAUCAGACUGAUGCAUUUCGGUGGGUGGGUCUGCACGCCAACUGAAGUAGGAGUCCAUGACGUCAUCCCCUGCAUUCCCAUGCGUCAUCAGUCGCGGUCGCGUUGGGUUCGCCGCUUGUCCCCAAGAAAAUCUCGAGGCCAGCGUACAUUCUAUGUAAGCGACGACUUCGCUCUGCACUACAUAACGACUUUUCCUUCUCGCAAAAUCUGAGGACCCGCAAAGCUGCUUGUAGUAGAGAUUCCAAGAGCCUCUUGCAACCCUGAGCCUGAGCCUGGGAAACCCGAGCCUCGUUCCAGACCCUCAGCAGCCCUCUGAGGAGCUUCAACGACAAAGGGCCAUGGCUCACCUAUCCUGUGCUGCGAAAGCGUCAUCCCUCAGCAGUGCAAGGUCGCGCUUCCCCAAGUCCUUCUCAACCGGCUCCGUGGUUCACGGAACUGCCGCAUCAUCAUCGUCUGAUGUGUCGGCUUCCGUAUUGUUCUCGCCUGCGUCCCCCGUCGCUUCCCCGCUCGCUUCCCCGCUCGCUUCUCCGCUCGCCGCUUCAGCGGCUCGUAGUCACUCGCCUUUCGCGUCUACAGUGGCCUCCCCGCGGUUGUCCCCCUCGCGCUACAAUCACGCCCGUUAUCUGCAUGAAUACCGUGGUGGUGACAUGGCGUCUGAGUAUGAGCACGACGCACCAGAGGCUCCCUCGGCUAUUCCACAAGACAGGAUGCGAACCCCUGCUGCUGUUUCCAUCGCUACUGGGGAGUUUGUUAGGGCUUUAAUGCCGAAAGUGCCUAUGGUGAAGCUGUCAAGCCGAGCUAGCAGUGAAUUUCAAGACAUUCUUGAUGAGGCUACUUUAAUGGAGUACAAUUCUGGCGCUGAAUUCCGAGAGGACGGUUUUGAGGAGCAGCAUGGUACCUGGUGCUUUAAUGAACUUGUCAGUCGGCAUUUCGAAGACAUGCCGUCAGACAGUGACGAUGACGAAGACUGUAUCGAGGAUAAGAGGGCCUCUCAAGCGCGGAUAGAGGCCAUCAGGCUGGUGUUCUUGGGAUCACGGCUUGGAUCUGUUCACCUUCAGCCAGCUGACCUGCACUAAUUUGGGCAGGACGCCAAAACGCUGCUGCUACCAACAAAACCUAGAGGGGUGGGACCAUUAAUAUAAAGUAUAGCUGAUAAAAAACUGACUGGCCGUCCUACACAGCGGAGCAUGCGGAUUGAUGGGCUCCAGGCAAAAUGCCAUUCUUUCAGUAUGGAAAUGUUGCAGCUGCAUUGGGCAUGGAUGUUGAAAGUUGGCAUGUAAAUUUUGUACAGUGCU